AUGGUGGAUUCGGGGCUGCUCCUGGCCGCCGUGCUGGCCUGCCUGAGCGUCAUGGUCUUGAUGUCCGUGUGGAAGCAGAGGAAGCUCAGGGGGAAGCUGCCUCCGGGGCCCACGCCGCUGCCCUUCAUCGGGAACUACCUGCAGCUGGACACCGAGGAUAUGUAUAACUCCCUCAUGAAGCUCAGAGAACGGUACGGCCCGGUGUUCACGGUCCACCUGGGGCUCCGGCGAGUCGUGGUGCUGAGCGGGUACGCCGCGGUCAGAGAGGCUCUGCUGGACAAGACGGAGGAGUUCAGUGGACGAGGAGAGCAGGCCACCUAUAGUACACUCUUCAAAGGCUACGGGGUAGCCUUCAGCAACGGGGAGCGCGCCAAGCAACUCAGGCGCUUCUCCAUCACCACGCUGAGGGACUUUGGCGUGGGCAAGCGUGGCAUCGAGGAGCGCAUCCAGGAGGAGGCGGGCUUCCUCGUCAAGAUGUUACAUGAUACACGUGGAGCCCCCAUCGACCCCACCUUCUACCUGAGCCAAACAGUCUCCAAUGUCAUCAGCUCCAUCGUCUUUGGGGACCGCUUCAACUACGAGGACCAGGAGUUCCUGUCCCUGCUGCGCAUGAUGAUGGCAAUCAACAAAUUUGCAGCUUCACGCAUGGGGCAGCUCUAUGACAUAUUCUACUCGGUGAUGAGGUACCUGCCAGGACCACAGAAAAGGAUUUUGAAGGACAUGCAGGGGCUGGAGCACUUCAUAACCAAGAAGGUGGAGGAGAACCAGCGCACCCUGGACCCCAAUUCUCCACGGGACUUCAUCGACUCCUUUCUUAUCCGCAUGAAGGAGGAGAAGAAGAACCCUAACACGGAGUUCUACAUGAAGAACCUGGUGAUGACCACGCUAAGCCUCUUCUUCGCGGGCACCGAGACCGUCAGCUCCACCCUGCGCUACGGCUUCCUGCUGCUCAUGAAGCACCCGGAUGUGGAGGCCAAGGUCCACGAGGAGAUUGACCGGGUGAUUGGCAGGAACCGGCAGCCCCAGUUCGAGGACCGCCUGAAGAUGCCCUACACGGAGGCCGUGAUCCACGAGAUCCAGAGAUUUGCCAACUUUGCCCCACUGGGCAUACCUCGCAGGGUUACCAAGAGCACCAGAUUUCAAGGCUUCAUCCUCCCCGAGGGUACUGAAGUGUUUCCCAUCCUGGGCUCCCUGCUGACAGACCCAAAGUUCUUCCCUUCCCCCGAAGAUUUCAACCCCCAGCACUUCCUGGAUGACAAGGGGCAGUUUAAGAAAAGUGACGCCUUUGUACCCUUCUCCAUUGGGAAGCGGUACUGCCUGGGAGAAGGCCUGGCUAGAAUGGAGCUCUUCCUCUUCCUCACCAUCAUCAUGCAGAACUUCCGCUUCAAGUCCCCAAAGGCGCCGAGAGAACUGAACCUGAGU